AUGCGAGGUCGAGGUUAUCAGCGAGUCCGAGGUCGAGGAAGGCCGCCUCUUUCUCACUCGUUUAUCGAGAUUCAGCCAACAGUUCAGAUUGAUAAGGAGGUUAGAGAAUAUUUUACAAAGGCAAUUCACUCUGGUACACCUGGGACUUGGUCUGCUAAGCCUGAGCUACCCCCUCCCGAAGAGGUAUUGGGGCUUGAUGAUGGCGAAGUGAUUUCACUUAGCGUGAAUCAGAUUCAGGGCCCCUGGCCAUCAAAAGAAGACUAUCUUAAAACUCAUUACGAACUACUCCGUGAGGAUGCGGUUGCCCCAUUGCGAGAUGCUGUUGCAUAUUUUCGUCACGAUCCGAAGAUGUCAGACUCAUCCCAAUGCUGUGUUUAUGAAAAGGUUCACAUCGUCGGAGUGACUUUCGCACAAACUGGAAUCGCAGCUAGAGUCCAAUUUUCAACUUUCAGGGCAGGCAAAAAGAUAGUAUGGGAAUACUCAAAGCGCCUAAUGACUGGAAAUAUUGUUGCAUUAUCUCCAGCAAGUGACUCAUUCCGAAGCAAAUGUAUUGUCGCAACUGUUGCUGCGAGACCACUAGACGGCCUUAAGGCAUCCCCGCCUGAGAUAGAUAUUUUCUUUGCACGCCCUGAAGACGCAGAAUUUGAUUAUCAACAGGAGUGGGUCAUGGUUGAAGGCCGAGUUGGGUACUUUGAAGCUGCUAGACAUACCUUAAGCGCUCUACAGAAACUGUCGAAUGAGAGCUUCCCACUCUCAGAAUAUAUCUGUGAUCUCAAACCCACGAUUGGGGCACCGCAAUAUCUACAAGAAAAUCCAUUGGUCAAGAUGACCAGUGUACUGCCUGAUCAACAGGGUCAUCAGAAGAUUGAUCUAAGUAAAGAGUGGCCGACACAUCCUAGCACUCUCGACCCUUCGCAGUGGAAAGCUCUCCAUCAGAUAAUGACAAAGAGAUUAUCAAUUGUCCAAGGUCCCCCAGGUACAGGAAAAACUCAUGUCUCUGUUGUUGCAGUAAAGGUGAUGUUAGAUAACAUUCGGCACGGUGACCCACCUAUAGUUAUCGCAGCACAGACAAACCAUGCCCUGGAUCAACUUCUUCGCCAUAUUUCAAGAUUUGAGCAGAGAUACGUUCGUCUUGGUGGCAGGAGCGCAGAUCCAGAUAUUAGGACGCGUACCGUGUUCGAAUUACGGAAAAAGAACAACUUUCCAUCCGCUAUUGGAGGAAGCCUUGGUCCUGCGAGGAAGGAGUUGCGUGAACUUACCGACCAAGUUGUUGAGUUGCUCUCUCCAUUCCGCACAGAACAUUCCCAUUCCCCCCUACAACCAUCACUUUUUUUGAAUUUGGGGAUUAUCUCUAUAACUCAGCAUAAUUCACUCAUUAAAGGUGCCACAGGAUGGGUACGAGCCGGUGACCGGACCGAUCCAAUGUCAGUGUGGCUUGGUGACGCUCUAACAAAAUUUGAAUUGGUUUACGAACAAGAAAAUUUUGGGUUUGUUGAAGAAGAAAUUGAUCUCGAAUAUGAGCAGCUGAAGGAACUCGAGGCAGAGCACGGGCUUGAUGACGACGAUUAUGAGAUCCUGAAAGGCCAAUAUCUCGGUAUGAGGGAGUUAUUCACGACUCGAGGGCACCGAUCCUAUCCUGAAAAAUCCAUUGAAGGCAGCUAUCUGAAGUAUGAUGACAUGUGGAAGAUUCCUAGUGCUGCACGCGCUGCAACUUACUCACUGCUACAGAGACGUGCAAAGGACAUCGUGCGCAGCAAAUUUCGUCGCAUUCUCGAGAGGUACAAUGUGGCGUGCAGAAAUGCAAAGAUAGGGAAAUGGGAAAGAGAUUCACUAAUUCUUCGGGAGGCACGAAUUAUUGGCAUGACUACUACAGGCCUAAGCAAAUAUCGAGCUCUUGUCUCUAGUCUUCGACCAAAAAUUAUACUGAUUGAAGAAGCAGCAGAAGUUCUGGAGGCUCCUGUCACCGCAGCAUGCUUGGAGUCACUGCAACACCUUAUCUUAGUCGGCGAUCACCAGCAGCUCCGGGGCAGCUGUUCCAUGCAAGAACUUGAGGGAGACCCAUACUACCUCAGUAUCUCAAUGUUCGAAAGACUCGUUCGAAACUCAAUUCCAUUCAAGCGCCUGACCAGCCAAAGACGUAUGAUUCCAGAAAUCCGACGAAUCCUCUCCCCAAUUUAUAACGACCUGCAUGACCAUUCUAGCGUCCUGGAACGACCGGAUAUACCUGGCAUGGGUGGAAUCAAUUCCUACUUCUUCACGCAUGUAUGGGCCGAAUCUUUUGAUAACCUAUCUUCGAAAUACAACCAGAAGGAGGCAAGAAUGGUUGUCGGUUUUUAUGUAUAUCUGCAUAUGAACGGCGUUCCUGUUAAGGACAUUACGAUCUUAACGUUCUACAACGGGCAACGCAAGUACAUUCUCAAGGCAUUGAAAGAUAACCCACUUUUUCAUGGACAGUAUACAAAAGUGGUCACAGUCGAUUCAUACCAGGGAGAAGAGAAUGAGAUUGUGCUCUUAUCCCUAGUGAGGAGCAAUGAAGGCGACAAUAUAGGCUUUCUUGCAAAUGAAAAUCGCGUCUGUGUUGCAUUAUCUCGUGCCAGACGUGGGUUUUAUAUAUUCGGAAAUGCAGAAUCUCUUGCAAUAUCCAACGGAUUGUGGUGGCAAGUGGCACAAAUAAUGAAAAAUGCGCCAAAGCGUUUAGGAUAUUUUUUGCCCCUGAUGUGCAAAAAACACAUGGCCAAGACGCUGAUAAGCAGUAUGCAUCUCCCAUUCCAGACUUCAAUGCCAAGUGAAAUGCGAUCCUGUAUCUGUGCGGUGGCUACGCGGCAAGUCCUUACAAGUCUACCGAGAAAUCGCUCUAUUGUUCCCCGAGAAGCCGAAUUCCUUCCUCCUGGCAAUACUGAAGAGCGCGCUUUGCUCGCCAAACGAUACCAAGCAUUUGCAACCGGCGGUGCCCAGAAAGAAGACGCUCGGCUCGCAAAAGAAGCAGAAAAUUUAGCGUUACAAGAACGUUUGCAACAGAUGGAUGAAGAAGCAUGCAUUGAUUUGUUUGGAGAGCGAAAGUCUCAAAACUUUCCUCGAGAAGACAAGGAGGAAAAAUCCGAAGUUAUCUCCGACGGGAAAGGUGGUGUUCGGAUGAAAUACACCCAGUUUUAUUCCAACUCCCUCGCCGCGUCCAAGAAUAACAACGAGGGAAAGAAAACGUCUAGCUUACUCGAUUAG